AUGGAUGAAAGUGCAUUUGAUAAUAAAAUUCAAGCACUACGGCAGUGGUAUGAACAACAGGAAGAUUAUGACACUCAGAAGAAGACUAUACAAGCCAAUUUGGAGCAGAUCGCUGAGGAGUGCAAAGAGUUAGAAGCUGAUAAAGGGAAUAUGGAACGUUUACAAGAAGACAUUGCACGUCUUGAGGAUGAUAUCGCUAAAGCAACUGAGUAUAAGGAGGAAAUAAAACAGGAUGAAAAGCGCUUGGCUGAACAAAUGGAUGCUGUGAACCUGGAAUUGGAGGCAGUCCGUAAACAAGCUGCGGAACACCACGCUAAACUCGCUGAAGUGGAGAGCGCAAUUAAAGCUCAGGAAGAAGGAGACGGGCUGUGUGGAACUGAGGCGCGAGCACUUAUUGCAGAGUUGGAUCAGAAUAAACUUACUAUACGGAAACUAAAAGCUGAGCUGGAGGAUUUGUGCAAGCAGCACUGGUUGGCCGUUCCAAAGACUAAAAGUGCUCUUGCCGAGCUGCAAGAUCGCUAUCAUAAAUUGGUUAUGGAUAUCAGGAGCCUCGCAGCGAACGUCCUUUCUGAAGAUGCCGUAAUGAUUGAUGAAAGCCCAAAGGAUGCCAGGGCUCUCUAUUCUGCCGUGAUGAAAGAUUGCAAAACUCUCCUAGAGGAAACUGAAGCGAAGUUUCUACAGAGAAAAUGGGAUCUCGAGCAAAUGAUAAGACAAGCGAAUUCCCAGGCUGAGAACAUAAGGCAAGAGGAUGCGGUUAUCAGCGGUAAACUUCGUGAGAGGCAACGUAUGGAAUUAAGAGCCGAACGUCAACGCAAAAGAGAUAGGGACGAUUGGGAAAAGGAUGUAAUAGCCGCGGAGACAGAGAUAGAUCGACUGGAAAAUGAAAAAGAAGUCCUGGAAAACAAGCGUCAUGAGAUCAGCAGCUUGAAAAGGGAUCUGGAAAUUCUUCGGGCAGAAAACGUCGAAUAUUCGAAGGUACUAGCUGAGAAGCAGUUGAAGAUCAGUGAUGCGGUUCUGUCAAGAUUCCAUGAGGCACGGGAUUGGAUGAUGAGAACAUUGGAGGAACUUCUCGCUGUGGGCGAUCUCAUUCCGACUGAUUCUCUUCUAGACGAAGGAUUUGAAGAACAUUAA